AUGCAUCUCUUCAAACUGGUUGCAUUGCUUCCCCUCAUUGCGCCUCUCGCGCUUGCGGCUUCCUCCAAGGACUGCGCAUAUAAGACCAAAGAGGAGGUACAUGCGCCCCAUGGUUGGAUUAAACACAGCAAGCCCUCUCCAGACCACAAGAUAUCUCUUCGUAUUGGCCUUCCCCAACCCAACUUUGGCGUUCUGGAACAACACCUUUACGAAGUGAGCGACCCUGACCACGAACGAUACGGUCAGCACUUGUCCAAAGAGGAGGUAGAGGAGCUCGUCGCUCCCCACCAGGAAAGUUUGGACUCAGUCGGCGAAUGGCUUUCCACGUUCGGGUUCAAGGAGAAAGACGUCACCCGUUCUCCUGCAAAGGACUGGAUCGCAAUCACUGUGCCCGUCAGUCUCGCUGAGAAGAUGCUCGACACGACUUAUCACGUCUGGAAGCACGUCGGCAGUGGCGAAGUCUUGGUCCGCACAACGAACUACCGCCUGCCGAGUAAUCUCCACGAGCACGUCGAUGUUGUUCAACCGACGACCUCGUUCGGAAGAUUCCAACCAUUCAAGUCUACCAUCGUCCCCUUCGACGAGGUGCCCGAGCCUCUUGUUAACUCCUUGGUUGAAGCCGAAUCUUUUGGAUCAGCUGUUACCGUGGACCCAUCGUGCAACAGGACUAUCACCAUUUCCUGCUUGCAACAGCUGUACAAUGCUGUGGGGUAUGUCCCAUCCAACAACACAAAGAACUCGAUAGGCAUCACGGGCUACCUCGAACAAUUCGCGAACAUCCAGGACCUGCAGACAUUUUAUGCGGAGCAGCGACCUGAUGCUGUCAAUUCGACAUUCGAGUUCUUCUCAAUUGAUGGUGGCCUGAACAACCAAACUCUCUCGGAAGCCGGCAUUGAGGCUAAUUUGGAUGUGCAGUUCGCAUUCGGCCUCUCGCAUCCCAUUCCCGCAAUAUUCUAUUCUACAGGUGGCCGUCCUCCCUUCAACCCGGAUCAGACGACCCCAACAAACACCAACGAGCCCUACCAAGCCUGGCUUGAUUUCGUUCUUACGCAAAAGAACCCCCCUUUGGUGGUGUCCACUAGCUAUGGUGAACCCGAGCAAACAGUUCCUGAAAGCUACGCGAGGCGUGUCUGUGCUUCAAUUGCUCAGCUUGGAGCUCGCGGCGUCUCUGUCAUCUUCUCUUCUGGGGAUGGUGGAGUCGGCGACGGCAAUCCGAAUCCUGCCACUCAGCAGUGCAUCACGAACGAUGGACGUAAUGCUACCAGGUUCCUACCCACCUUCCCAGCAUCUUGCCCCUUUGCCACCUCCGUUGGUGGAACAGAGCAUAUUGACCCGGAAGUUGCAGUUUCACGUUUCUUCUCCGGCGGUGGCUUCAGCGACUACUUCCCCAGACCCGCAUAUCAGCAAGCUGCCACUCGUAAAUUCCUUUCAACUCUUCCCGAAGGACUCUACAAGGACCUCUACAACCCAGCGGGACGGGGCUUCCCUGAUGUUUCGGCACAAGGCGACCGUUACCGAAUCUGGUACCAAAAUCGUCCUAUUCUCAUUGGGGGCACUUCUGCGUCGUCUCCAGCAUUCGCCGGACUCGUGGCCUUGCUCAACGAUGCCCGCUUCGAAGCCAAGAGGGGCCCUCUUGGCUUCUUGAACCCCCUCCUGUACUCGAAAGGGGCCUCAACUUUCAAUGAUGUCACUGGUGGUGGAAACCCUGGAUGCGGCACUUUAGGAUUCAAUGCCACAGAGGGAUGGGACCCUGUGACUGGACUGGGAACACCCAACUUUGGUAAACUGAAGGAUAUUGUCACGUCUCGCUUUGCCCUGUAG